GUAAAAUUUCUUCUGUGUUGUAACAAAACGUACGAAUUAUGGUUUGACAGCUGCCAAAAUUUUCGUUGUUGUUGAUGAUGUAAAUUCUUUGUGAUUUGUUAUCUUGUCCCGUUGUAAUAAAGCUGUGUUUACCUUGUUAAAAUGUAUGACGAUGUUUUUGACAUUCGUGAUAUCUUUCUUACUUGACACUGACAUUCAUUACAAAAUUAGAUUAACUGGAUUGUUUAUUUAUUUCGAUGUGCAAGUGGACCAAUUUUCUUUGAUUUUCUACUUAUUGAAAAUAAAGGAAAUUCUACGAAAGCCUAUUAAUUUCGUUGUAGCAAAAAUGUCUACGGACCUUGGUGCCAGUUUUAACGAGCAAUAUAUGAAUAUCAACACCAAAAUGAAAAAACGGUUUAUGCGGAAGCCCAAUGUAUCGGAGGCAACGAAUGAGUUUAUAGCUCUGGCGAUCCAAUGCGAGCAUUCUGACCAGCCAGCAUUCGCAGGGCACGCCUAUGUCGGCGCUGCCAAGUGUGAAGCUUCUGUAGGUCACUUCUUAGGUGAAGCGGAACAUUUCUUAGCGGCAGCUCGACAGUUCAUGAAGGCUGAAAAGAAACUCAAGUCUCUGAAAUUUUAUAGUGCUGACAGAGAAAAUUUGGAGGCAGCUACAGGGUGUUAUAUUCAGGCACUGAAUAAAUAUCCCGACAAGUCUCCAAUAAGAACAUCCAUAUUGAUGGAGCUGGCCAGCGACUUGGUGGAACUGAACCAUAAGUUGGAAGCAGCUGCAUACUAUGAACAGGCUCUUGAAACUGUCACAGAAACCAUUAUGAAGACUAUUUGUUUGAAAAACCUGCUCAGUUUGAGGAUAGACAGUGGUAAAUAUGACAUUGCUUUAGAGAUAGCUAACAAGAUAGUUGAUGGUCCUAAUGCAAAUGUACCUGAAGAUGUUCUUGCAGAAGUCCAAGUGAGCAGGAUACUGCUGACCCUUCUAGUGAAGCCACCAGAAGACAGCAAGCCGCCAUCUUUGAAACAACUUUUCAUAGAUUUAAUGAAUGACAAUGAAAGUGAUGCAAUUCCUCUAAACACAGAUUUGAAGUUAAAACUCCAGUCAAUAAUAAUCUGCCAUGCUACAGGAGAUACUCAGCCACUAAUUAGUGUAUCAGCAGACACGAAGCAGUUCCUGACCCUGCAGCAAGUUGAAUUAUUGCACAAAUUGAUAUCAGAUGAAAGAGGUUGAACAAAUCUGACACCAAAAUCAUUAUGGAGUAUAUAAAUACUUCCUUUAACUACA